AUGGAAAUUGAUCUGAAUCAUGUUGUGUUUGAGGUGGAUAAGUAUAAUAAUGCAUGUUUGAAAGGUGGGAAUUGUGGAAAGGGGGAAGGUGGUGUUAGUUUUUGUGUUCAUGGGUGUGUGUCAAAUUCUGCAAAUGCAUCAUCUUGUUCCUCGAAUGCUGACUCGUCAUCAUGCUCCUCAAAAUCUGGUCAGUCCUCAGUGUAUGUAGAGCUAUGGCAUGCCUGUGCUGGGCCCUUAACCAGGUUGCCCAAGAAAGGGAAUGUUGUGGUUUAUUUCCCUCAGGGCCACUUGGAACAGGCUGCCUCCUCACCGUACCCUCCCGUCGACCUGCCCGCUUUCGAUCUCCCCACGCAGAUCUUUUGCAGGGUUGUGGAUGUUGAGUUUCUUGUAAACAAGGAAAAUGAUGAAGUGUAUACUCGGCUGAGUCUAAUUCCAAUACCAGAGCUGGCAGAGCAAAAUUUAAAAGUCAAAGAGAGUGAAAAUGAAAGCUCGAAAGAGAAUGGUAACAAAACUUUGUCUGCGAAACCAACUCCUCAUAUGUUCUGCAAAACACUUACGGCUUCUGAUACGAGCACCCACGGUGGAUUUUCUGUUCCCCGGAGGGCCGCGGAGGAUUGCUUUCCCCCUCUGGAUUACAAGGAACUAAGGCCCUCACAGGAACUCAUUGCCAAAGAUAUCCAUGGAGUGGAGUGGAAAUUCAGACACAUCUAUAGAGGUCAGCCAAGGCGUCAUUUGCUCACGACAGGAUGGAGUAUUUUCGUCAGCCAAAAGAAUCUCGUGUCUGGUGAUGCUGUUCUCUUUUUGAGGGGAGAGGAAGGUGAACUAUAUUUAGGCAUUAAACGAGCUGCACGGCCAAGAAAUGGUUUACCUGACUCGAUUAUUAAAAAUCAGUGUUCUUAUUCCAAUGUGCUUUCGUCAGUUGCCAAUGCUUUAUCGAGCAAUAGCACAUUUCAUGUUUUCUUCAGCCCAAGGGCAAGCCAUGCUGAUUUUGUCAUACCUUACCAAAAGUAUGUGAAGGCCACCACCAGCACCAUAUCUGUCGGGACAAGAUUCAAGAUGAGAUUUGACGUUGAUGAUUAUCCCGACCGAAGGUUCAGUGGAGUGGUGACUGGCAUUGGUGAUGUAGACCCGUAUCGAUGGCCACACUCGAAAUGGAGAUGCCUUACGGUACGUUGGGAUGAAGAUAUCAUGAGCAACCACCAAGAACGAGUUUCUCCUUGGGACAUUGACUUAUCGGGCAACUAUGCACCCAUCACCAUUCAAUCCUCCCCUCGCUCAAAAAAACUCCGACAAAGUGAGGUGAUUGCACUUUUGGAGUUCCAAGAGUCUUGGAGAUCAUCAAAGGUCUUGCAAGGUCAAGAAAAAGUAUUAUUCUCCGUAUCAAAUCUGUACGGAGGCAACAACCGGAUGACGAAUCGCCAGCUGGCGUCGUUUAAUCUGUCACCAAACGGGACUGAAAUCCUCAGCCACGUCACCUCUCCAACUUUCGCUGACUUUCCGGUAUCCAAUCGGAUUCCAAAGGUCUUGCAAGGUCAAGAAAUUUGCUCGCUUAAAUCCCUCGCAGGGAAAAUUAACUCGGGCCCCCGGCCAGAAAUGGCCCACAAUCCGUGCUUCUAUCCUCUAGCUUCAGAAGGUUCUAGAAAAGUACCCGUUCCCCAUAAGGGCAUUUAUGGAACAGGACAACAUUUUUCGAAUUUGCAUGGUGUGGUGAAACCGAAUUCUGUUUUACGUGGUGUCGAAGCUAAUGUCCCUGAGCCGAGGGCACAUGAUAAGGAGAAAGUGCCGACAUUUAAACUAUUUGGGAUCACAUUAACUGAAGAUAAUAAUGAAGCUGAUGUUAGUGUGAAGGGUUCUUCUUCAAGUAAGAGGAGCUGCACAAAGGUUCACAAACAAGGCAGCCGAGUGGGGAGAUCGGUUGACCUCUCUAGGCUUCAAGGUUACGAUGAUUUGUUGAUUUAUCUCGAGAAGUUGUUCGGCAUGGACGGGCUUUUACGGGACCCAGAGAGGGGAUGGCGCGUGUUGUAUACCGACAGUGAUAAUGACAUGAUGGUGGUUGGUGACGACCCGUGGCAUGAGUUUGUUGAGGUAGCCACCAAGAUCCACAUAUACACCCAAGAGGAAGUCGAGAAACUAUCGGUCGGGAUAACGAGUGACGACGCGAAAAGCUGCUUGGAAGAACCAACUUUACCCGGGCCCGACAUGUCCAAGUCAUCAUCUGUAGGCCAGCCUUCAUAUUCUUCUCCUACCAUGUGA